AUGGCAUAUCAAGAGGAUACUCUCGAUCCCGUAUCACUCAGCUGGAAACGGACAAGCAGAGUCCUCCAACAAGUCAAUAAAAACUUUAUGAAGAAGAAGCUCAAAGACGCCAAGGGACUGUGGCUGGAAAUACUACCAGAAGUAUUGGGGGGCUACCGAACAACUCCAAAAACAAGCACUGGAGAGAUGCCAUACUCUUUGGUCUAUGGGACCGAGGUAGUAAUAUCAGUUGAGGUCGGAGAACCUAGCAUAAGGUACUCCCAUGAGAGCGACACGAGUAACAGCAAGAGCAGAAGGCAGGAACUCGACGAACGAACGAAGAGAUAUGGCCUACAUAAGAAUGGUCACCCAAAAACAACAAGCAGAACGCUAUUACAACAAGAGAGCAAAGGUCAGGCCACUUAA